CAUGCUAAUUUUUCCCGCCAAAAAUACACCAAUACACUCACAAGUUACAACAACAAAAUACGCUUACUUUUAGUCCGCAUUUAAACUCGAAAUUAAUUAACUUAAACUUGGUAAUCUCAUCAGUUUUGUGUAUUAAAAUAACAAUAAAUCAUGUCUGGAAGGAACUACGCUGAAGAUAUUGAAACAAUCAAAAACUUCUUGACGGAAUUCUGUACAACGGAUGAUGAAGGAAAUAAGGUCUUCAAGUAUGCUGCUCAAUUAACAAGACUAGCUCAUCGAGAGCAAGUAAACAUUACAAUAGAUUUAGAUGAUUUGGCUGAUUAUAACGAGUCAUUGGCAGAAGCUAUCCAACAAAAUGCUCGCCGUUAUGCUAGUUUCUUUGCAAAUGUGAUCCAGGAACUAAUUCCAAAUUAUAAGGAACAUGAUGUUGUUGCCAAAGAUUCUCUCGAUGUUUACAUUGAGCAUCGGUUAUUGAUGGAAGCGCGUAAUAGAAAUCCAAUGGACAAUAAGGAUCCACGCAAUGCAUUUCCUCCAGAAUUGAUGAGACGUUUUGAAGUCUCAUUUAAGUCCUCCAAUAAUGAUAAAGCCUUGUCUGUUCGUGAAAUUAAGGCUGAACAUAUUGGAAAGUUAAUGACUGUUCGUGGUAUUGUUACUAGAUGCACAGAAGUUAAGCCAAUGAUGGUCGUAGCUACUUAUACAUGCGAUCGUUGUGGUGCUGAAACUUAUCAGCCAGUUAAUUCUUUAGCCUUUUUGCCUGCAACUGAUUGUCCAUCUGAUGACUGUCGUAUUAAUAAAGCUGGUGGACGUUUGUAUCUACAGACGAGAGGAAGUAAAUUCGUUAAAUUUCAAGAGAUUAAGAUUCAGGAACAUAGUGAUCAAGUUCCAGUCGGUCACAUUCCAAGAACCUUAACAAUCUACUGUCGUGGUGAACAAAGUCGUCAAACUCAGCCUGGUGAUCAUGUAUUAAUUACUGGAGUUUUCUUACCCAAACAAAAUCAAGGAUUCCGUCAAAUGCAAGGUGGAUUAUUAAGUGAGACAUUUAUGGAAGCUCACAGAAUUGCGUCAUUAAAUAAAUCAGAUGAAAGUGAAUCAAUGUCAAAUGACUUGACACCAGAUCAAAUUGAUGAGCUUUCAAAAGGAGACUUUUAUACUCGCAUGGCUGCAAGUUUGGCACCAGAAAUUUAUGGACAUCUUGAUGUUAAGAAAGCUCUUUUAUUGCUUCUAAUUGGUGGUGUUGAUAAAAGUCCUGAAGGCAUGAAAAUUCGUGGAAGCAUUAAUAUCUGCUUAAUGGGUGAUCCUGGUGUUGCUAAGUCUCAAUUACUUGGCUAUAUUAGUCGUCUUGCAACUCGAUCACAAUAUACAACAGGUCGUGGAUCAAGCGGUGUUGGUUUAACUGCUGCUGUCAUGAAAGAUCCACAUACUGGAGAAAUGACAUUAGAAGGAGGAGCUUUAGUUCUAGCUGAUCAAGGUGUAUGCUGUAUUGAUGAGUUUGAUAAAAUGGCAGACACAGACAGAACAGCAAUUCAUGAAGUUAUGGAACAGCAAACAAUUUCAAUCGCUAAAGCUGGAAUUAUGACUACAUUAAAUGCUCGUGUAUCAAUCUUAGCUGCUGCAAAUCCUGCUUUUGGACGAUACAACAUUAAACGUACAAUUGAGCAAAAUAUUCAACUUCCAGCUGCACUUUUGUCACGUUUUGAUUUAUUGUGGCUUAUUCAGGAUCGUCCAGAUCGUGAGAAUGAUUUGAGACUUGCUAAUCACAUCACAUUCGUUCAUACACAUGGUAAACAGCCACCGUCGACUGUUGAGGUACUAGAUAUGGGCUUAGUUCGUCGCUAUAUUGGAUUAUGUAAGCGAAAAAAUCCAACAAUUCCAGCAGAUUUGACAGAAUACAUUGUUAAUGCUUAUGUUGAGCUCAGACGGGAUGCUAGAAAUAAUCGAGACAUGACAUUCACAUCCGCACGUAAUUUACUUGGAAUUUUGCGUUUAUCGACAGCUUUGGCUCGUUUACGUCUUGCGAAUAAUGUUGAAAAGAGUGAUGUUGCUGAAGCUCUCAGAUUAUUGGAAAUGUCAAAGGAUUCAUUGAAUCAGACACAGGAACAGCGCUCAAAUAAUGUCCACAACACAUCCGAUCGAAUCUUCUCAAUUAUUCGAGAAUUAGCUGGAAAUCAAAAAACGGUUAAAAUUUCUGAUGUUAUGGAUCGUUGCACAACGAAAGGAUAUAAGCCAGAUCAAGUUGACAUUUGCAUUGAGGAGUAUGAGGAACUUAAUGUCUGGCAAGUUAAUCAGACACGCACCAAAAUUACAUUCAUUUAAGUUUAUCAUUUUUUUGUUGCUAUUUUCCAUUUUCUCAUUAAUCUUUUAUGUCUAAUUUCGUUCAUUCUUAUCGUAUUUGUAAGUUUCAAUAGUUUAAAAUUUUUGAUAAUAAAGAGACAAUACAGUUCAAAAC